AUGCGGCUGCUGCCGGCGGCGCUGGCCCUGGCCCUGCUCCUGAGCAGCCUGGUGCCGGGGGACGGUCUGUCGCUGGAGAGCCUGCUGACCAACAAGAGGUGCAAGUGCGUCAAAUCGACCGCCCAGGUCAUCAGCUUGGGGCUGAUCCUCGCCAUCGACGUUAUGCCACCGGGCAUUCACUGCAGGAGGAAGGAGAUCAUCCUCUCCCUGACGAGGAGCAGGAAGGUGUGCGUGGCCCCCGAGGCGCCCUGGAUCCAGCUGCUCAUCCACAAGCUGACGCAGAGGAAUGGCACCAGAAAAGAGGCGGCGGCGCGGUCGCGGAGGGAUGCGGAAAGGCAGCCGCUGGCCCCGUGA